AUGGCUCACACUCGCCCAUUGGGACAACCUAUCACUCUGAAGCUCUCGGGAAAGGUAAUCAAGAACCGCCUUUACCGCACUCCCCUCAGCGAAUACGCUUCGACGUACGACGAAAACAAUGUUGAAAACUGCGGAAAGCCCCUCCCACGCUACGCCGAACUCUACCAAGAACUUGCGGAUGGAGGUGCUGGCCUGAUUUGCACAGGCAAUAUUCCCAUCCAUCGCGAUAACUUGGAAAACUACAACAACGCUGUCCUAGACAUCAAUAACCCUUGGGAUGCAGUCGAGGCAUUCCGUCCUGCUUGCCAGGCUGCGAAGUCUCGAGGCGCAAUCUUUCUUCCGCAGCUACAGUUUCCGGGUCGUCAGGUGCCUGAGUUCCUGAACGCGAACCCGAAGUCUUCCUCCUCCGAGCAGUUGGACCCUUGCUUGAACAAAACGUACGGCAAGCCCUCGCCUUUGACCAGAGCUGAGAUAAAGGAUUUGCAAAAUCGUUAUGUCUGGGCUGCGGAAGUGCUGUUCAAAGCUGGGGCCGAUGGUAUUAUUCUACAUGCGAGUCACGGAUAUAUCAUGCAACAGUUCCUAUCACCCUUGAUCAACAAGCGAACUGAUGAGUACGGCGGUAGUCUGGAAAACCGCGCCCGAUUCAUCCUCGAGAUCGUGAAUGCCAUCAAAGCCAAACUUCCAUUGAACGAAUUCGUGAUUGCUGCUAAGCUCAACUGCCAGGACUGUAUGAGACAAUCUUUCCCGGGCUGCCUGGAUUGUUCACUAACAUCUACAGUCAUUGAGGGAGGUGCUAGCUUCGCGGAACAGUGUGUCGUCAUCAAAUGGCUUGAAGACGCCGGUGUAGAUUUCUUCGAUAUAUCAGGUGGGACCUAUGCUUCUCCUGCAUGGAGAGGCAACAUCAUGAAAGAGCUGGCAGAAAGACCCUCGCAGAAGGAGAGAGGAAGCUACUUCAUCGAGUGGGCACAGGAAAUGAAGAAAGUCUUGUCCCGCGCCGUUAUUGGUACUACAGGUGGCUGGAGGGAUAGUCACCGGAUGUCGGAAGCCGUUGAAGGAGGCGAUAUUGAUAUGAUCGGGCUUGGAAGACCACUCCGUGAAGACCCAGAGUUCGUGAACAAAGUCCUUCGCGGUGAAGUCAGGAGAUGCAACCUGUGA